UAGAAUCCGUUGUUUUGAUGAGAAUAGAUGUGUUGUUGAGGUAGUCGACGAUUCGCAGCAACCGUAACCCGUUGAACAUAUUAUUAGAUCUUUUAUUUGGCAGCUCGUCGCUGCUUUUCUGAUCGAGUCGCUCAGAAAAAAGCGACUUGAUCCAGCUGAUACCGAUCGCUUUGUAAAAUCAGGUCGAAAGGGAUGCCGCUGCAGACAGACUCCGACGGACGCCAGCAGUCUUUGGAUUUAAUCUCAUCGCAUUUAAUCGGCAAGAGCAGCUUUUCUAUAAAUUUAAAAAGCCUCAGAAUAACUCAUUCUCGACCGAGUGCUUGUGAACGAUGCUUAAGCUUGAGUGCGAACUAAAAGCGCGGCUGUGAAGCGAAGACGGCAGGAUCGUUGGCAGUCAACGGAGCUAACCGCUAACUCGGUUAACGUUAGCUGGUCAACAACAAAGCGCGGCUCGUUAAUCUCCGGUAACCAGUCCGUUAAACGGGGUCGAGUGUCUAAGGUACAGACGACCGCCCGACUUUUGAGCCAGCUUUUUUCUGCCUGUGCGGAGAAUUUUGCUCGCAGACAGCAAUGAAACUGUUGGAAAACUCCAGCUUUGAAGCCCUCAGCUCCCGGCUGUGUGUUGAAACUGGAGAGUCUCGGAUCCUUGGCAGGAUCGAAAGCUACUCCUGUAAGAUGGCAGGAGAUGAUAAACACAUGUUCAAGCAGUUCUGCCAGGAGGGGGAGCCCCACGUCCUGGAGGCCCUCUCCCCCCCUCAGUCCACCAGCGCCACCAGCCCCUCACAGCUGGGGAAGAGCAGCGAGGACGGAGAAAACCCUCUGAGUGACAAGUGUUGCAGGAAGACUCUCUUCUACCUCAUCACCACACUCAACGAGUCCUUCAGGCCCGACUACGACUUCAGUGCAGCACGCGCUCACGAGUUCAGCCGAGAGCCCAGCCUCAACUGGGUGGCUAAUGCGGUAAACAGCAGCCUGUUCUCGGCUGUGGGUGAGGAGUUCAACUCUCUGGGGCCCGAGCUGUGGAACGCCAUCGACCAGGAGAUCAACCUGCAGGGCUGUGACAUUUACAGCUACAACCCUGAUCUGGACUCAGACCCUUUUGGUGAAGAGGGAAGCCUCUGGUCCUUCAACUACUUCUUCUACAACAAGAAACUGAAGAGGAUUGUAUUCUUCACAUUUCGCUCUGUCAGCGUGCUGAGUGGAUACGGCCGUGGUUGUCUCGACAACGAGUUGGACAUGGAGCUGGAUGAUGAAGAGGAGAUGGAUGGCUUCACUGAGGACAGGUUUCCCAGAGCUCUGUGCGUGUAGAUGUCGGACAUGCCUCGGCCGAAGAGUUUCCAGGCUUUUCCUGCUCCCGUUCUUCGCUCCAUCUACCUUUUUUUUCUACUGCCUCAUCCAAAGCCAUUUUCACACUUUUAGACUAAUGCAUGUUUGACGCCUUUUCUCUGCCGGCAGUGAACUGUAUGCCGUGAGGCGGCGGACGUUUUGUAACGACGUCACGCCCCUUCAUUCAUUCUCCGGUAUGAUUUUUGACCCCGAGCUCAAAGCCCUGAUGGUAACUAUACGAGCUUCUCCAUGUUUUAAAGAGACCGCUUCAUGAACACUUUAGAGGAAGAAGGUCUUGCUAUGGAGGAGUGGUUGAGAAACAAAGACUGCAAAAGAUGUCACGUCCAGGUAACACCAGCAUCGAUGGAAACUGAAAAGUUUAUAAUACUCACCUGGAGCCGGUUGAGACGGACUGAUCAGCUGAGAGCUCAUCUGUUCCUCAUCGUUUGCUACUUUUGUGUUACUCUUAAUGUGUGACAGUGACGUUACUGUGAGAACUUUCUUUUUGAAAUCUAAACUCUGCAUUUAUUACUGAAACUUGUUAUUGAAUCUCUUGAAUGAACGCUCGUCUGAACUUGCCGGACAGGAGGGCGCGGCCGAGGAGGGUAGAGCUCCCGGCGUCUGGGUUGCAGCUUAGAAAACAUAUCAGCUUUUAUCAGACGUUCACUAUUAUACAGUUUCAUUGUAUGUGUCGUCUAAAUACAGUAAUUAUUUUUUUUUGCAUCGCCCCCAGUUAAACCCGUCAUUCCUGCAUCUUGACAGUGUUUUUCUUAGCUCAUUACCUCGAUGCAAAGGCUUCAUUGAAAAGUGAAUGUAUAGUACAGUUUAGAGAAAUAAAACAGCCCAGAAAAAAAUUCUUUUUAGAAACUGCGAAGCUCCUUUUUACGUUCCUUUAAAAGUAGAUUGGGGUUCUGUGUCUUUUCUCAACUGCUCUGUGCUUCGUUUGAUCGGCCAAUAUAUUGCAGAUGUGAAUAAACUUGUGUUUGGAUCAGA